AUGCUCGUCAACAAGAACAAGCCGUGCUCGAAUGUCCAGGGGGUUGAGGUGCCUCUUGAGGCUAUUACACCACCUCAGGUUGGUGAGGCUGGAUAUGAAGGUCUGAAGCCACGGUCAGAAGUGCUUCCCCAAGGCUGGCAACAUCCUUCACACCCUGGAGCCAAGGCAUUGCCGUGCGAUAUCCUUGUGGAACACGACGUGGCCAUUCCCGCUCGAGAUGGCAUCACACUCUAUGCCGACAUCCUAAGGCCCACGGAGCCCCCGUCUGGUGAUUGUUCCAAAGUUCCCGCCCUUAUCUGCUGGUCUCCGUUUGGGAAGAAGUUCAACGGCAUACUGUCUCUGCGAUACAUGACACCAUGGGACCUUGGUCUUCCUCCGGAUGCUCUCUCCGGCUUGGAGAAGUUUGAGGCCCCAGACCCAGCCGAUUGGGUACCUAGAGGAUACGCUAUUGUCAAUAUUGACUCGCGCGGUUCUGGUGAUAGUGGUGGGACCAUGGUUGUCAUGGGCCAGCAGGAAGCCGAGGACGGCUACGAUGCAAUCGAGCAUGUUGCAAAAUUGCAUUGGUGCAACGGCUCAGUGGGCCUCGCUGGCAAUUCACACUUGGCAAUUGCGCAAUGGUUCAUCGCCGCCCUGCGGCCACCAAGCCUAAAGGCCAUCGCGCCUUGGGAAGGCUGCGGGGAUCUUUAUCGUGAGCAGUUUGCACGUGGUGGGAUUUACUCGGGAGACCUCUUCGACAAGCUCAUCCUCAAACACAUGCUCCAUGGAAACGGGAAUAUCGAGAGCUUCCGGUUGAUGUUCGAACAGCACCCACUGGCAAAUGCUUGGUGGAACGACAAGAGGCCCGACAUGAAGCGCAUCAAUGUACCAACCUACAUCACUGGCACGUGGACCAAUACGAUGCAUGGAAUGGGCGCUAUCAGAGCAUGGCUUGAGGUGGACAGCGCUGAUAAAUGGUUGAGAUGGCACCCUUGGCAGGAAUGGUACGACCUGUGGGGUAACCCACAGGCAAAAGAAGAACUGGGCAGCUUCUUCGACCACUACCUCAAGGGCGCUGAUAAUGGAUGGGAAAAAACCCCUCGAGUUCGGAUGGCGCUUUUGCGGUUUGGCAAAAAGGAGCCGCAGUCGUUCGAUAACAUUGUCGAAGAAGACUUCCCGCCCGCAAGAACUCAAUACCGCCAGGCCUUUCUUAGUCAGGACCAAGAGCUACGCUUGGGUAAAGAGGCGGGCCCAAGCGCAAAGCUGACGUACGACUCGGAGUCAGACGACUGCCUCGUCUUCACUCAUAAGUUCUCGGAAACGACACGGAUCAUGGGCAUCCCAAAGGCUGUCCUGUACAUGUCGUGCGCUGAUCACGACGACAUGGAUGUCUACGUUACGCUGGAAAAGCUUGACAAGAAUGGACAUCAGAUGAUGAACCUCAACAUCCCUUGGGACGGGGUUCCGGCAAAGUCGUUCAGCGAAAUCAAGCCGGAAGAGGCUACAGAAGUGGUCGUCUACAAAGGCCCUUGCGGCAUCAUGAGGGCCUCGCACCGCGCAAUCCACGAGUCCAAGAGUAUGCAUCCGAACUGGCCAUUCCAUCCUCACGAGGUAGAGGAGAAGGUCAAGCCGGGCGAUGUUGUCCGUUUGGAUAUCGGAAUCUGGGCGACGGGUAUCGAGUUUGAAGCUGGCGAGAGUAUCCGGGUGGUGGUGGGCGGGCGCAACCGGUGCGUCAGCAAUUUUGGGUCGCACCGACACGUGCUCAAUCGCGGAACACACGAGGUGCACAUUGGUGGUGAGUUUGGAAGCUACAUUAGCCUGCCGUUUGUGUAG